AUGUCGAAUGUGCCGUACUUAUGCUUGGCGAACGAAUCGUGGUUACUAAGUGUAGUGGAUUCGCGGGCGCGCACCGAUGCAGACGGCGCUCUCCAGGCCCAGGCCAGACGACAGUUCGAAGUGUUCCAGAGCCAGGUGCCCGGCGGACACCUGCAGGUCAUCAAAACGCACACGGUGUCCACCAGCCGGUGGUCGUCCAACAAAGGGGCGACGACUGCCAAAAUCGCCAACGGGGGUGCCGACACGAACGGCUUCGAAAAUUUACAGGAAAAUUUACAAAACAAGCUACGAAGGAACGAGUUUUGUAAUGGACGAGUGCAAAAAAUGACGUCUUAUGACAUAAGUUCUUUAUACAAUUUUCUAUUUAUCAAAAUUUUAAGAAAAAUUUUACUCUUGACGGGGAAAAAUUACGAAACGUACUGUGCUUAUUAUGUUAUAUAA